GUAGACUGUAGUAUUGUAGGUUUAUUAAUGAUAGAUAAACUUUCAGCGUACUUAGCUUUUAGCAAGCCAUAAUUAGUUGUUCACAUUUGAGAUCACCAAAUGGUGUAAUUCACCUAUACUUUGAACGAUGACGACGCCCAGUUUGGAAGGUCUAUAGGUCCCUUUAAGCAGAAUUGGGUCAAGGAUUGUUUUGACGCUCCGCGAGGUUACUUGUUGAGCCAAAAGAAAUCAAUAUGAAUCUCGGACGGUUUGCUGAAAGUUGGAAAUCGGCGAAAGCACAUCCACUGGUUCGGCAUAGCACUCCGUCCGGGCUGCAGUAGACACCAGAAUGGAUUGGAACAGGAAAAGCUGGAAGAAGGUCGACCAAGGGAGACUGGAAAGGGAGGACUUCGACGCUGGGCCGACCAACCUAGACGAAAUAGAGCCAGGGCUCUGGAUCGGUAACCUCACAGCUGCAACAGAUCUUGAAGAACUGGCCAAAAUCCACUGCAAUUAUAUCCUAACCGUUGAUUCUUGCCCGCUGCCAAGAAAUAUUUCUUUGCUGCCUGGUAUAAAAACUAUGUUCAUCCAAGUUACUGAUAUGAACAAAGAAGAUUUAUUGAGCCAUUUUGAAAGUGCGUUUGAAUUUAUAGAAGAAGCAAGGGAAAAUGGGGUAGUACUUGUUCAUUGUUAUUUCGGGGUUUCGAGAAGUUCAACAAUUGUUAUUGCAUAUUUAAUGAAGAAGUUUAAGAUUUCUUAUGAUGAAGCAUUUGAGAGGGCAAAGUCAAAAAGAAAGUUUGUGAGCCCAAACGCAGGUUUUGAGAGUCAGUUGAGACUUUAUGAAAAGAUGGGCUUUACAAUCGAUAAAACUUUUUUGCACUACAGGUUAUUUAAGUUGAACGUAGCAGCUGCUAAAGUGAUGCAAGUUAAGAUUUUACCAAUUGAACACAUGGAUGUUGUGAAGGAUGAUCCGGCGUUAAUAACAGUCAAGCCAGAUCCUUUGGUGUACCGGUGCAUCAAAUGUAGGCGGGUGGUCGCCUGUGUGAGCAACCUCCUACCGCACGUGCGUGGCAGACGGAUGUCGUGGAAAAAGCUCGAGCCUUCUGAUAGUCAGGAAUUCUGCACACUAAUAUACUUCAUUGAGCCAAUUGCAUGGAUGAAAAGUGCGAUGCACAGCGAGCAGGGGAAGCUCAAUUGCCCCAAGUGCAAUUCAAAGCUCGGUUCUUUCAGCUGGACCAUGGGUUGUCAAUGUCCUUGCGGUUCUAAGGUGUCACCGGCGUUUUACCUCGUACCGUCUAAGGUCGAAUGGAGCAACUUCGUCAAAAAUGUUCAAGCAAUUUAAAAAGAUUGAUAAAAUUUUAUAUCACUAUAUAUUUCUCAAUGGUCAUGUCUAUUAUAACCGGAUCAAUAUAAAUUGGUCAUACAGAUGCUUUUAAGACAUUCCAAUGAUGAAUUUUUAUUCAGAAGCUAAUAAAAUUAAAUAAGUAAAUUCGUUUAAA